AUCCCUCCGCGUCCAAGGAAUGGGAAGGACAGCCUGACAACCUAACAGAGCGCGUGAAUGAGUGUGCGCAUGUUUACACCAUCAGCUGUCAAAUCCGUGUGCCGUUCAUUUUCGUCUGAAAAGGUAGGCUCGUUUGUAGUUUUAUUUUUGUACGUGUUCUAUAUGUAAUGCCUCUUCGUUCCUACGUAGCUGGACCAAACAAACUGACCUAACACUGAAACGCUUACAGUAGCAACCUUCAGGACGGACUUUCUGGCAUCUGACCUUUUGCAGUGGAAUAGCGGAAUUACUCUUGAAGCAUGAGUUCUGUGUUUGUGCUGACCCCGGAGAGCUUUGCGGAGCACCGCAGCGGGCUGAGGGAUGAGGAGAUCUCAGGUGGGGUCCCUGAGGAUGAGGCGUACAUCCCCACCUACCUGGAGGCCUUCCCCCCGCUGCCUGAGAAGGGGGCUCCAGGGGACCGAUCAGGGGAGCCUACGGGGGCCUGGAACCGCAUCCGACCCAUCAAAGCCUCUGUCAUCACGCAGGUGUUUCAUGUGCCCCUGGAGGAGCGGCGGUACAAGGACAACAGCCAGUUCGGGGAGGGCGAGGAGGCCAAGGUGUGCCUGGACAUCAUGCAGAAGACCGGGGCGCACAUUGAGCUCUCGCUGGCCAAGGAUCAGGGCCUCUCCAUCAUGGUGACGGGGAAGCUGGACUCGGUGAUGAAGGCCCGUAAGGAGAUCGUGGCUCGGCUGCAGACUCAGGCCUCGGCCACGGUCACCAUCCCAAAGGAGCACCACCGCUUCGUGAUCGGGAAGAACGGCGAGAAGCUGCAGGAGCUGGAGCUGAGGACGGCUACCAAGAUCGCCAUUCCGCGGCCCGACGACCCCAGCACCAACAUCCGCAUCACCGGCACCAAGGAGGGCAUCGAGAAGGCGCGCCACGAGGUCCUGCUCAUCUCUGCCGAGCAGGACAAGCGGGCGGUGGAGCGCCUCGCGCUGGAGAAGGCCUUCCACCCGUUCAUCGCCGGCGCCCACAACCGGCUGGUGCAGGAGCUGAGCCAGGAGACGGGCGCGCGCAUCAGCAUCCCACCGCCCAGCCUGCCCAAGGACGAGAUCGUCAUCACCGGCGAGAAGGAGGCCGUCGCCAUGGCCAUCGCCCGCAUCCGUGCCAUCUACGAGGAGAAGAAGCGAAAGACGACCACCAUCUCUGUGGAGGUGAAGAAGUCCCAGCAUAAGUACAUCAUCGGGCCCAAGGGAAACACGCUGCAUGAGAUCAUGGAGAGCACCGGCGUUUCCGUGGAGAUGCCGCCGCUGGACUCCGGCUUGGAGACCAUCAUCCUCCGGGGCGAGCCAGACAAACUGGGUCCGGCUCUCACACAGGUGUACGCCAAGGCAAAGAGUGUGAUGGUGAUGGAGGUGAGCGCUCCAGCCUGGCUCCACCGCUUCAUCAUCGGCAAGAAAGGACAGAACAUCAGUCGCAUUACCCAGCAGCUACCCAAGGUUCACAUCGAGUUCACGGACGGCGAGGAGAAGAUCAGUCUGGAAGGUCCCACGGAGGAGGUGGAGCUGGCUCAGACCCAGUUACAGGAGAUCGUCAAAGACCUGAUGUCUCGGAUGGACUACACCGAAGUGAACAUCGAGCAGCGCUUCCACAGACACCUGAUCGGCAAGAACGGAGCGAACAUAAACCGGAUUAAGGAGCAGUACAAGGUGUCCGUGCGGAUCCCUCAGGACUCGGACGGGAGCGGUCUGGUGCGCAUCGAGGGGGACCCUCAGGGGGUGCAGCUGGCCCGGCGGGAGCUGAUGGAGAUGGCCCAGCGCAUGGAAAACGAACGAACCAAAGACAUGAUAGUGGAGCAAAAAUUCCACCGCACCAUCAUCGGCCAAAAAGGCGAAAAGAUCAAAGAGGUCCGGGACAAGUUUCCAGAGGUCAUCGUAAAUUUCCCCGACCCGUCACAAAAGAGUGACAUCGUGCAGCUCAGAGGGCCAAAGAAUGAGGUGGAGAAAUGUGGCAAGUUCCUGCAGAAGAUGAUCGCCGAUCUGAUUGAAAACAGCUACUCCAUCUCGGUACCCAUCUUCAAGCAGUUCCACAAAAACAUCAUAGGCAAAGGAGGCACCAACAUCAAGAAGAUCCGUGAGGAGACCAACACGAAGAUUGACCUGCCGACGGAGAACAGCGACUCCGAGAUGAUCGUCAUCACGGGGAAGAAGGCCAACGGUGAAGCUGCACGAGACCGCAUCCUGGCGAUCCAGAGAGACCUGGCCAACAUAAAGGAGACGGAGGUGACCAUCCCGGCUAAGCUUCACAACUCUCUGAUCGGCUCCAAGGGCUGCCUGGUGCGCUCGGUGAUGGAGGACUGCGGUGGCGUGCACAUCCACUUCCCCUCCGAGGGCUCGGGCUCCGACAGGGUGACGAUCCGCGGGCCGGCCUGCGAGGUGGAGAAGGCCCGCAAGCAGCUGCUGCAGCUGGCCGAGGAAAAGCAAGUGAAUAACUUCACAGUGGAGCUGCAGGCCAAGCCUGAGUACCACAAGUUCCUGAUUGGCCGCGGGGGGGCCAACAUCCGGAGGGUGCGUGACCGCACUGGCGCCCGCAUCAUUUUCCCCUCCCACGACGAGCCCGAGCAGGAGCUCAUCACCAUCGUCGGUCGCGAAGAGGCCGUGCGGCUCGCCCAACGGGAGCUGGAGAUCCUCGUCAAGAACCUGGAUGAUGUGGUGGAGGACUGUAUGGUGGUGGAACCACGGCACCACCGGCACUUUGUGUGCCGGCGUGGGCAGGUGCUGCGGGAGCUGGUGGAAGAGUACGGCGGCGUGGCCAUCAGCUUCCCCCGCACCGGCACACACAGCGACCGCAUCACACUCAAGGGCGCCAAAGACUGCGUGGAGGCCGCUAAGAGACGCAUCCAGGAGAUCAUCGAGGACCUGGAGGCCCAGGUGACGGUGGAGGUGGCCAUCCUCCAGCGGCACCACCGGGCCGUGAUGGGGCCCAAAGGCUGCCGGAUCCAGCAGAUCACCAGAGACUACGAGGUCCAGGUCAAGUUCCCCGAGAGGGACGAGUCAGCCGGCCAGACAGCAGGUCAGACAGCAGGUCAGGAGCCCCAUCCGCAAGAGAAUGGUGAUGCUAGCCCGGAGGCCGAGUCUGCACCCCGCAAGUGUGACACCAUUGCCAUCUCGGGUCGAGAGGAGAAGUGUGAGCUGGCGCGGCAAGCCCUGCUGGCUCUGGUGCCUGUGACGAUAGAUGUAGAGGUGUCUUAUGAUCUCCAUCGCUACAUCAUCGGCCAGAAGGGCAACGGGAUCAGGAAGAUGAUGGAGGAGUAUGAGGUGAACAUCUCAGUGCCUCAGCCUGACCAGCUGUCUGACGUCAUCAAGAUCACGGGUCAGGAGACCAACGUGGAUCAGGCCAAACUGGGCCUAUUGGAGCGUGUCAAAGAGCUACAGGCGGAGCAAGCGGACCGGGCAUUGAGGAGCUACAAAAUCACACUCUCAAUCCCGCCCAAAUUUCAUCCCAAGAUCAUCGGCCGUAAAGGGGCCGUCAUCUCCCAGAUCCGCAAAGACCACGACGUCAACGUGCAGUUCCCCGACAAGGGAGAUGAACAGCAGGAUGUGAUCGUGAUCUCAGGUUACGAGCGUAACGCGGAGGAGGCGCGGGUGGCCAUAGAGCAGCUGGUGGCCGAGCUGGAGGAGAUGGUCAGCAACGACGUGCAGCUGGAUCACCGCGUGCACGCCCGCAUCAUCGGCGCCCGUGGCAAGGCCAUCCGCAAGCUCAUGGACGAGUUCAAGGUGGAUAUCCGGUUCCCUCAGCCCGGUUCCGAAGACCCAGACCGAGUGACUGUGACUGGCUUGCCCGAGAAUGUGGACAACGCCAUCGACCAUAUCCUCAACCUGGAGGAGGAAUAUAUGCUGACAGUAACUGAAUCUGAGACGAUGGCAGCUUACAUGAAGCCCCCAUCCCGGUCUGUGGGAGGGGGAUAUGGGGCGGGAGACGAGGACAGUAAGGGCGCUGCCAAAGGUUUUGUGGUUCGGGAUGCACCCUGGAACGCCCCGGGCGACAAGCAGGCCCCGGACAUGAGCAGCGCUGAGGACUUCCCCACCUUCGGCACCGGAGUGGCCCCCAAACAGAUGUCCGCCUGGGGGCCCAAGAAGUUCUGAACGGCAGAGGGAAGGAAAAAAAAAGAAAGAGGGAGCCUCGGGUAGAGUGGAGAACAAAUGGAUUCUCAUUCCUCUACCGCCAUCUUCAUUGCUCCUCCUCUUCAGUGCCCUUUGACCACUGAGGAGAUCCUUCGUCUCUCUCCUCCAUUCUGCUCCACGCCGACCCUGACAAGCAGACAUACAAAUGUGGCCUCACUCCAGUCCAUGAGCUCACACACUCUCUCUCUCUCUCUCUCACACAAUCUCUCUCUCACACACACUCUCUCUCUCACACAAUCUUUCACUCU